AUGUAUACUGGUCACAUUUAUGAACCAGCAAUUAUUUUGGAAGCUGUUGCAUCAUAUGAUCUUUGGAUUUGGCAUGCGUUUUUUGGAUUACUUGGGUCUCAUAAUGAUAUCAACGUGCUAGAAAGGUCUUUUGUAUUUACCAAACUUGCUCAAGGGCGUGCUCCUGCAGUCAAUUACAUCAUCAAUGGUAAUGAAUAUACAAUGGGAUACUAUCUCGCUGAUGGUAUAUAUCCACAAUGGUCAACAUUUGUGAAAACAAUUCCUUCUCUUCAAGGAAAUAAGAAAAAACUUUUUGCUGCAGCUCAAGAGGCGACAAGAAAAGAUGUAGAACGUGCAUUUGGAGUGCUUCAAGCACGAUUUGCAAUUGUGCGUCGACCGGCACGUUUUUGGAAUACUAAAAUGCUUAAAUAUAUUAUGAAGGCAUGUAUAAUUCUACAUAAUAUGAUCAUUGAGGAUGAGCGUGAUGACGAUGGAGUAAAAAACUUCAAUUAUGAUCAAAUCGAAGAUAGUCCCCAUGUAACAGUGUUACAAGAGAGAACUACUGAACUUAUGGAAUUCAUUCAAUGUCAUCAUAACAUUAGAGACAGGCAAACACAUUCUCAUCUCCAAUCGGACCUUGUCGAACAUUUGUGGCAAUUACACAGCGAGAUGUAA